UCCUUCUACUGAUCCGCUUGUGCCCGAGGGUUCCUCUCGUCGUCGUGCUCCUCCUCGGCUUCCGGUGGCACCGUCUCCUUCCGUCCAGGUUGCUGCAAGCCUCACGUCACGUGGGACCCUUCCUGCUCCAUCCUCACAGCGUCCCUUUGCGCCGCUGUCUCCGGCGCCUCUAUGCGAUUUGUGAUGCGCCUUCCUUCCACCAAAGAUCCAUAGGUAAAUUCCAGCUCCAUGAUCUUUCCAAGUGAAACUGCAAUUUGGGAUCCAUCCUGCUAGUUCUUCAACACUAUUCCACAUUUGCAACCAAAUGCAAACGAUGCUGAGUAUCAUCAAAUCACGCCCCUUUAACCCCUUGUUUCGCUUCAUCUCUCUCCUCCCAACCGCCACCACUACACCACACUCAUUCUCCACCUCACCAUCCAAAACCCCACUCCAGAACCAAUUCGAGACAUGGAUCAACCAUCUCAAACCGGGCUUCACCCCUUCCGACGUCCACCGAGCCCUGCAGGCUCAAUCAGACCCAGACCUCUCCCUCGACAUCUUCCGCUGGACGGCCCAACAGCGCAACUACACCCACACUCACCUCACCUACCUCACCGUCAUCAAACAACUCAUCGCCGGCCGCCGCUACCGUCAAGCCGAAACUCUAAUCCACGAGGUCAUCGCCGGCGCCUGCGACCCCUCUGUCGAGCUCUACAACGCCGUCAUCCGCUUCUGCUGCGGCCGCAAGUUCCUCUUCAGCCUCGCCUUCGACGUCUAUAAGAAGAUGCUCAGGUCGGAGGAUUCCAAACCCACUCUCGAAACCUAUUCUCUUUUGUUCAAUUCACUUCUUAGAAGGUUCAAUAAGCUCAAUGUUUGUUACGUUUACUUGCAUUCUGUGAGGUCCAUGACUAAGCAAAUGAAGGCCAAUGGUGUUAUUCCUGAUACUUUUGUCCUCAACAUGAUAAUCAAAGCUUAUUCCAAGUGUUUGGAGCUUGAUGAGGCCAUUAAGGUUUUUCGUGAUAUGGGCUUGUAUGGCUGUGAGCCAAAUGCAUAUAGUUAUGGAUAUAUUGCAAAAGGUUUGUGUGAGAAGGGUAGGGUAAGUCAGGGAUUUAAGUUCUUUGUGGAGAUGAGGGGUAAGGGUUUUGUGCCGAGUGCGAGUACUUAUGUGAUAAUCGUUUGCAGUCUUGCCAUGAAUGGGAGGUUUGAGGAUGCCAUUGAUGUUCUGUUUGAUAUGUUGGAGAACUCUAAGUCCCCUGAUCACUUGACUUAUAAGACUGUCCUGGAGGGAUUGUGUCGCGAGGGGAGAGCCGACGGGGCUUUUGAUCUGCUUGAUGAGUGUAGGAAGAGGGAUGUUAACAUGAAUGAAAAGAUGUAUAAAGCAUUGUUGAGAGAAUUGCACUAUAUUUGCAGGGAGGGGGAGUAGAUACUGUGCUUGUUCCUUUUGUCUAGAAAUACAUAAGUUGUCGAAUUCAGUUAUAGGGAGUGGUUGAGCAUGGCGUGGCAAGCUCCGAAUUCUACGAGGCAUUCAAUGGGUGGUAUGAGAUGGCCAAUGCUGAUUAAGUGGAACAUCUUGCUUUGAAAAUGUCUUGUAACUUCUUUUGCAGUGAUUUCCCUUCCAUCUGAGUUGCAAUAUUUGCUCUGGUGAUGAUGAUAUUGCAGAAGGUGUCACUUAUGACAAGAGUAUGAUCAUGUUAUGUAAACUACGGCUUACACGCUUGCAUAAUUGCUUACCCCCCGUUGAGGCAAAUAUUGAACUCAAGCUUGCUGCAAUGAAAGAUUUGAAAAUCAAUUCCAUGUCGGGAGCUUCCCUCGUACCAUUGACUGCAACCUCAAGUAGCUGGAUAGAAUUUCUGUGCACAGACAAAACCAUAGAUGAACAAUAUGGGAAGAGGAAUCAACAAUGAGGCAUAGUAGAACUUUUGCGGCCCAAAGUACACAAGCAUGGUAACUUCGUAGAGUAUCAAAGAUGCUAGUAUACGGUUAUGUAUGUGGGGCCAUACAUAGUUAACAUAUAUAAACAGAAAGAUUACUAAUUGUAAUUGAUGAGGUAUCAAAGUAAAGUGGUACGUAUACCUAACAUGCAUACCGUGAUGUUUCCCAUUGUUAACUCUUGAAGGUCAUCCACAACUGU